GUCGCCCUGGGGGUGGGAGUGCGAGAUUGCGAAAAUAAAUUGAAGCGAUGGGAGUGUUUGUUGUCACCGUCGGUGUUUAUUUUGUAGAUAGGUGUGGAAAUCGCGAAGCGUAAGUAAAGGUUGGUUGUUGGUUGUCGGAUUUGACAAGCUCGCGCGCUUGCAAAAAUAGACGUCGUUAGUGCGCGAGGUCCGACCGACGAUCAAUAUAGCGCUUCCUAUGAGUUAGAGGUACAGCUCGUAAUAAUCGACGGUGCACGGGCUCUCAGUUGUGAGUGCGUGUGUGUUUUCGAGAGGAGGGGUUGGAGCAACUCCUAAAUAUUAAUGCACUUCGAUGAACGGGUGAAGUAAUAGUCGCUGGAGGGCUGGCCGAGGUAGAUCUCGAAGCGGUGAGGUUGACUCUUGGGGCCAGUUCCAGUUGCAAUGUAUAAACACACCCUCAUCGCAUUGAUAGUGCACAUCUUCCACGUGACAGUGUGCACAAAUGUCAAGAUUAAUUUUCGCGAAAAGGAGAAAGAGGUGUUGGACCAGAUCCUGGGGCAGGGGAUGUACGAUGCCAGGAUCCGACCAUCUGGCGUGAACGGCACAGUAGGACGUGACGGCCCGACUGUAGUUUACAUCAACUUCUUUCUUCGGUCUAUCAGCAAAAUAGACGAUUAUAAAAUGGAAUACAGUGUACAACUCACCUUCAGAGAACAAUGGUUAGACGAAAGACUCAAGUUUAACGACUUUGGAGGUCGUCUCAAAUAUCUCACUUUAACUGAAGCGAGCAGAGUCUGGAUGCCCGACCUCUUUUUCUCGAACGAAAAAGAGGGGCAUUUCCACAACAUUAUUAUGCCCAACGUCUACAUACGCAUUUUCCCGUACGGUUCGGUCCUCUAUAGCAUAAGAAUAUCUUUGACAUUAUCAUGUCCGAUGAACCUCAAGCUCUACCCCCUUGACCGCCAAAUAUGUUCCUUGCGGAUGGCUAGCUAUGGCUGGACGACCGACGAUUUAGUCUUUUUGUGGAAAGAAGGUGAUCCCGUACAAGUAGUUAAAAAUUUACACCUACCUAGAUUUACAUUAGAAAAAUUCCUUACCGAUUACUGUAACAGUAAAACGAACACCGGUGAAUAUAGUUGUUUAAAAGUUGAUUUAUUAUUUAAGAGAGAAUUCAGUUACUAUCUGAUACAAAUUUACAUACCUUGCUGUAUGUUGGUCAUUGUUUCAUGGGUGUCUUUUUGGCUCGAUCAAGGAGCUGUCCCGGCACGUGUGUCUCUCGGUGUUACAACUUUGCUCACAAUGGCUACGCAAACAUCGGGUAUUAACGCAUCUCUGCCCCCCGUUUCGUACACAAAAGCGAUUGACGUGUGGACGGGGGUUUGUUUAACGUUCGUAUUCGGAGCAUUAUUAGAAUUUGCUCUCGUAAACUAUGCGUCGCGUUCCGACAUGCAUAGAGAAAACAUGAAGAAGCAAAGGCGACAGUGUGAACUAGAACACGCCGCAUCCAUGGAUGCAACUUCCGACCUAAUAGACACAGACAGCAACGCUACUUUCGCAAUGAAGCCUUUGGUGCGUCAUCCCGGUGAUCCGAUGAGUUUAGAAAAAGUUCGUCAGUGUGAGAUUCACAUGCAGCCAGCACGUCCAAACUGUUGCCGUUCUUGGUUGUCGAAAUUCCCGACGAGAUCCAAGCGCAUUGAUGUUAUUUCCCGAAUCACGUUUCCUUUAGUUUUCGCACUAUUCAAUGUAAUAUACUGGUCUACAUACUUAUUUCGUGAAGAGGCCGAAGAGUCGUAAAUGCUCUUACGACGACCGUAAUAGUAUUGUGAUUUUUCGUAAAUGUAAAUAUUACCUACGUUUUGGAGUAUGUUUACGUUGAAUGUGCAAUAAAUUGUAGAUAAGUUGCACAAAAGGUGAAAUUGAUAACCCUAAUGAUGCGCAAACGCGUUCGGUGCUGAUGGAAGCAACAUCUUAUUCACAGUGAAGCUUUCUCGAUCUGUCGACUUUUCGAGAUCGUUUACUCGUAUUUUCGACCUAUUUAUAUAUAGUUUAAUGUUUUGUAAAAAAAACUUGUUACUUGUUGAGACGGUUAUCAGUUUUCGAAUUGUGUAACUUCUGUUGAACGACCGGUGUCCACGAGAUGUCUGUUUUUAUGAUACUGUUUUCAUAUAUACAUACGUUCAUAUUUUAUUAAAUAUAUAUUGUUUAUUUUAUAAUUUCUACUAAUAGGGUUCCAUACUGUAGAUCUUCUAAUAUUUUUCUCGCUACUAUUUCCUCUUGUCAGUUGCUUAUACAGGGUGAUGCCGUAUCACAAUCGUACGUCAUUAUACAUUAAUGCAAUCGGAAAUUUUGUAAUACUCUAUUAAAUUCCUUCAAUGAAGAAAGGAGCGUCGUUAUUCCUAUAGUUCAUAGAACCUAGACACAUAAAAUUAAUUUACCUAGAUUCUACUUCAUUGCGCAUUACAUACAUCAGGGUGGAAUGUGUACAUUUCAUUUUACGUGAUAUUGCGUUAUAAUUGUAAGUUUUGACUAUUGUAAAUGUAAUAAAAUUGUAGGAAUUUA